AUGAGUGAGGUAGAUAGGCGUGAACAAACGCUGGCCAUGGUCAACAAAUACAAGGCUACGUAUCAAAUGUAUAUGGAUCGCUUGACCCCCCAUGUAAAGUACAGAUGGGGCGCGCUAGGAUUUGGUUUGAUCGCCUUCUUCCUGCGAGUUGCUUAUGGAGAGGGGUGGUACGUGGUUUGUUACGGACUGGCGAUCUACCUGCUCAACCAGUUUUUGAGUUUUUUGACACCGAAAUUUGAUGUUUCACUACAGCAGGAUGAAGAAAAUAACGAGCUCGAAUCUGGCGAGAGAGUGGACGAAUUCAGACCUUUUAUAAGAAGACUGCCAGAGUUUAAGUUUUGGUAUAACUCAUUUCGAGCCCUAGUUUUGUGCUCAAUUCUGACUCUUUUCCGUAUCUUUGACAUACCAGUCUUCUGGCCAAUUCUCGUUAUGUACUUCAUCCUCUUAUUCGCAUUGACUAUGCGGAGACAAAUUCAGCACAUGAUAAAGUACAAGUACAUUCCGCUCGACAUCGGGAAGAAAAGAUACACUCCCCGGGACUGA